GAUUAUAUGUGCUGACUUAUAAAGAAUCAACAUGGAUUCCAGCCAAGGAAUCACUGGUGAGGAUUUCAGAGGAAUAUUAUCCUCUAUGUCAGGAUGGUUUGAUCGCCAUGGUUACAUCAAUAUGCUGAAAGUUUUGUACAGAGAUCUCAUAACUGUACCUGAUAAGCUACAUGCUGCCACCAGUGUGAUGGAAUUGUUUGAAUUACUAUGUACCAAUGGACAUCUGAGUUCUUCCAAUCUAACUGUCCUAUAUGAUACUAUCAACCUAACUAAGCCAUUUGGUUUAGAACCAGAAAUAAGAAAGUUGUCAAUGGCAACACUCUUUAAUAUCAGGAUAAUCAAUAUAUCAAAAUUUACAAGUAACAGACAAAGCUUGAUAAAGGUUGUUGAAAGUCUCAGUGACAGUGAUGUCAAGAAGAUCUCAAAACUAUACAAUUGUUCAGAAGAUGCUGACAAGUGGGAAUUAUUGGUGGAGUUGGAACAAAGUGGCAAUAUUUGUGAAGAAAACUUGGAUGACUUUAUGAAAACAAUAACGACAUAUCUAAUUAAACAUUCGAACAAGGAUCCUCUAGAUUUGAGAAACAAGAAUGUAGCUACAAGAGAAGCUAGUUUAAGAACAUCCACAGCUGAUCAGUUGGCCAACGCUAUUAAGAAUGUAAUUCAAGAUUCUCAAGGCUCAGCACGUAAGAUGGCUCCCAUUACUAUUUAA